UAUGGCGGAGGGAAAGCACGUACCAGAAGAUAUUGUCGUCGACAUCCUUUCCAGAUUGCCCGUCAAAUCCCUGAUCCGAUUCCGACGUGUUUCAAAACGGUGGCGCUCAAUAGUCUCCGAUCCACAGUUUGCCAAGUUGCAGUUUCAGAACACAACUCAGGGUCGUCGAAGGCUCGUCUACCUCCUCGACGACUCUAACAUCGAAACCCUAGAUUUGGAGCCGCCGUCGCGGUGGUGGGCUUCGAUCAGAAAGCUCACCUGUCCAUUCGAGCAUGAAGAUCAGAAGCGUCAUCGUGUUAUGGUCGUCGGCUCUUGCAAUGGUUUGGUUUGUUUAUCAACUCGUAUUUGCUCGUUGGCUUCUAUGACUUCUAUCUACAUUUGGAACCCUUCGACUGGAUUCUCGCUUAAGCUACCAGAUCCAGGUUUUCCCGAUUAUAUCAACCGUAUGAGCAUGUACUGUGGUUUCGGCUAUUUGCCGGCCACCGGUGACUACAAGGCUCUGGUGGCCGCAUAUAAUGACGACCAGUGGGGCACCCUGCAGGUAAGGGUUUUCUCAACAAGGGCUGGCAUUUGGAAACAGAUUGAAUCACCCUUCAGGCCCUCCUCCUACCCCGUCCGUAAAUAUAUAACUGAUGAUGCGGCCACUGUUUUAGGUGUGACAUUUCAUUGGAUAAUAGAUUAUUUUUCGCAAAGAUCAGUGAUCCAUGCUUUUGAUUUGGUGAAGGAAGAGUUCCGGGAAAUGAACGGUUUCCAUCUUCUUCAAACUUUGGAUUGCUUUGGAGGAUGCCUGUAUGGGUUUUGUAAAGGUCUCUACGAUUCUUCUCUUUGUAUUGAGUUAUGGGUCAUGAGAGAAUAUUGGGUGAGUGACUCUUGGACUAAACUCUAUAGAAUAGUGUUGUCGGAUCAGGUUGAUCCCGGGAUGCUGGUCUAUCCAUACUUGGCUACCGAAACUAGUACAGUUGUGGCUCAGAUAACUCCAGAGCACAAGAAAAUGGAAAUUGUAAGGAUAGAACAUGAAGAAGACGAUCCACUUGUUACAGAUAGGCUUCGGAGGAGAUAUCAUAUGCCUAGUAUGAUCGUAUACGAAGAGAGUCUACUACGGAUUCCUGAUAACCAUGCUGUGAUGAAAGAAUACAAGGUGAAAAAACCAACAGAUGCUCCCGCAAAUAAGCAGAAAUCAAAAGAAAUAAUCUGCCUUGCUCUAUUCAACUACUUCUUGUUAAAUAUCCUCAUAUCCUCAUUCUCACUCUAG